CCCACCCAUUUCCCUUCAAUCGCCUUUCUCAAUUUUGUCCGGCUUCCCGCUUCUUUACUUCUCUUCUUUUCCGUGGUUUGAUCUUGGGAAACUCUAAUCAUCAACAAUGUCGUCGACAGAGAAGGAGAGAGAGGCCCAUGUCUACAUGGCCAAGCUUGCCGAACAGGCCGAGCGAUAUGAAGAAUCCCUAGAAAUGGUGGAUUGCAUGAAGAAGGUGGCAAAAUUGGACUGCGAGCUAACAGUGGAGGAGAGGAACUUGUUGUCGGUGGGGUACAAGAACGUGAUCGGAGCGCGGCGAGCGUCGUGGAGGAUCAUGUCGUCAAUCGAGCAGAAGGAAGAGUCCAAGGGGAAUGAGCAGAAUGUGAAGCUGAUCAAGACUUACCGCCAGAAGGUGGAAGAUGAGUUGGCCCAAAUUUGUCAAGAUAUCCUCAACAUCAUUGACAAGCAUCUCAUCCCUUCAUCUGCCUCUGGCGAAGCUACUGUUUUCUACUACAAAAUGAAAGGCGACUAUUUUCGUUAUCUUGCUGAGUUCAAGACUGAAUCAGAGAAAAAAGAUGCAGCUGAACAAUCACUCAAGGGUUAUGAGGCUGCUUCUGCUACUGCAAGCACAGAGUUGCCUUCAACACACCCAAUUAGGCUCGGACUUGCGCUCAACUUCUCUGUUUUCUACUAUGAAAUCAUGAAUUCCCCUGAAAGGGCUUGCCAUUUGGCCAAGCAAGCUUUUGAUGAAGCAAUUGCGGAGUUGGAUACUUUGAGUGAGGAGUCAUACAAAGACAGUACCCUCAUUAUGCAGCUAUUGAGAGACAACCUCACUCUCUGGACUUCUGACUUGCCUGAAGAUGGAGGUGAGGAUAACUUCAAAGGUGAAGAAUCAGGCGCCAAACCUACAGAACCUGGAACAGCAGGGAAAUGAAGGAAACAUGCUUGAGAUUUAAGAACCAGAUUGACAAAGAGACCAAGCUGAUGGGUGAUAUUUAUUAUGAUAUAUAUGUUUGUUGAAGUGUGCUCCCUCAAUUUAUGAUCUCUAUUAUUGAAUUAGCUUUGAUUCUAAACAACACCAAAAUUAGUUAUAGAAGAAGAAUUUAUACAAUUCUGGCAUUUUGUUUCUCGUGUCAUUCAUUCAUAUUCUUUCUUCCUUUGUGGAGUCCAGAAAGUGAUUAAAUCCCUAUUGGGCGAUGGGAUUUGGACAAAGAAUUCAAUACAUUUAAGCUCUUUUCAUUUGUUUAAUUAUGGUAACUAAUGUUAAUGUGUUUGUUUCAACUUUACCAAUGAACCAUAAGGAAUAUUAUAAACG